AUGAAGCUAUUUGGUAGAAAGAAGAAGGAUAAGGGAGAGAAGUCACAAGUUAACAAUGGCGACACUUCAUUGGACUUGGCGGAUAACUCAUUCCUCCAGUCACUACCAGCACGAGCCAACAGAAGAUAUAGCAUGGCCUACUCAUCAUCUCCACUUUUAGACCCCGAUCAAUCAUUAGAUGAUAAUGGAGAUAUAGAUACACCAGAGUAUUAUAUUAAUAGUAUAGAGAAACAAGCAGGUGUGGAGGUGUUGUCAUCAUUAUGUUCAACUUUACAGACAAAGGACUCAACGUGGACUCGAUCAUUGAUUGAACUGAACGGUAUCGAAUUGCUACUCAAUGUCCUGCAGUCGGUCGAAUCAUGCUCAGCCGACAACAUCAGCUCAGAUGUAAUACUGCAAUCACUGGCCGUCACUUCAUUGUUGCAUCUGAUGAACACCAAGUUUGGCAUCGACAAGGCCAUCGAGACACCGAAUGCGAUGAACAGAUUGAUCAUGUGUCUCGACACGCCCAAGAUAGACACUCGCUCCUCGGUCAUCGAGCUGCUGACGGCUGUGUGCAUCGUGUCGUUCGAAGGCUUUCGCGCGGUGCUUCAAUCAUUCACAUACUUCAAGAACGUCAAGAAGGAGAAGGUCAGGUUCUUCCACCUGUUGGACACGAUGCGCACCAAUCAGGACGACCACGAGUAUCUGGCCAUCGCGCUGGCGCUCAUCAACGGCCUUGUCAACACGCCCGAGGAGGUCGAGGAGCGAGUUCAGCUGCGAUCUGAGCUCACCCGUCUAUCUCUCGACGAGCUGAUAUUCAAGAAGAAGAGCAUACCCUAUGAGGAGGCGCCCGACCUCCUGACUCAGAUCGAUGUCUACGAGGACGAAGCUCGCGCUGAUCAAGAGGAGCUGAUGGACCGGUUCGCCGAGCUGGACAUCAACAUCGAGGACCCCAAGGAGGUGUUUGGCUUCAUCUUGGAGCAGUCCGAGCAACAUUACAAUCAUCCACUGAUCAGCAUUCUUCAGAACCUGCUGACGAUCACCCGACGAACAGACUCGGGACUGUUGAGCUGGUUCCUCAUCGAGAAGCUGAUCCAACAGAUCGCCAUGUCCAAGGAGGCAAUCGGUAUCGAUGACAAGGUGCAUCUGAACCUCGAUGACCUGCUGUCGGCAUCACAACCAACAGUCGCAAUGAUGACUGAGCAGAAGCGCAUGGCAGACGACCUGGCCAAGACUCGCGAUCAGCUGAAGCGCGUCACAUUUGAGCUCAACAAGGCAACGUCCGAGCUGGCCGCGAGGCAGCAAGAGAGCUCGGUGAUCAAGAGCAAUAUGUUCAACACAGUCAAGAUCAAGAAUCAGGAGCUGAGCAAGCUGAAAGGACAGAUCAGAAGAAUGGACGCCGCCUUCUUUGAGGAGAACGCGUCGGGCGUAGAGGAUAGCAAGCAGGACCAAAACGACUUCAGGAUCAGGACAUGGCAGCAUCAACAAACAGCCACAGUUGUCAAAGCAGAGGUCUGGUGA